AUGACGCAUCAAAUCUUUGGAAGAGCAUCCGCGUACGUCUUCACCAUCGAGUUCCAAAAGCGAGGUUUACCGCACAUGCACCUAUUAGUGAUUAUGUCGCCAGCGGACAAGAUUCACAGCGCUGACCAACUUGACGAUUUUAUCUCGGCGGAAAUUCCAGAAGAUGAUCCGGAACUCAAGGAACUGAUCUCGAAAUGGAUGAUCCAUAACCCGUGUGGUGAUAUGAACCCAAGCGCUCCGUGCAUGGUCAGCAAACAUGGAAGAGACCAGUGCAGAUGGGGAUUUCCAAUGGAACAUCAAGACAUGACAUCGCUGGUGGACGAUGAAAAGCCGAGGUAUCGCCGACGCUACAAUCCGUUGUUGGAUCCAAUGAACCCAGAAUUCUCGCAUGAGCAAGCCAUCUACAGGAAAGACUGCAACGGCCAGCGCGUCACCACAGACAACCGCCACGUCGUCCCGUACAACGCCUACCUGCUCAAGAAGUAUCAAUGCCACAUCAAUGUCGAAUUCGUCGGCAGCAUCGGACCGGUGAAAUACCUCUACAAGUACAUCUACAAGGGCCAUGAUUGUGCUACGAUAAAGGCCGUCGAAAACCAGCAGACGAUCAUCUACAACGAGCCGGAGAAGUACGUGGAAGCUCGCUAUAUCUCACCAGUUGAAGCAUGUUGGCGCCUAUUCAAGGAUUUCGAGAUCCAAGCGAAAAGCCACACCGUCGUUCGACUUGACAUUCACCUACCCGGACAAGAUGGCGUUAACUUGGACCAAACGCCAGUUGACCUUGCCGAUAUUGGACAGAAGGGAUCGACCUUAAGGGCUUACUUCCGCCAUAACACCGCGCUGAAAGAAGACGAAGCGAACGGAAAGGCAGUCACCUACCACUAUUACCAUGAAAUGCCGGAGCACUACCGAUGGAUUGGCCAGACGAGCACUUGGCAGAAGAACGUGAAUGCUUGCAGCAGAAUUGGUCGCGUACAUCCAGUCAACUUCGUUUCCCAGCCAGAACUUUUCUUCCUGCGCACGCUUUUGUUCCACGUCAAAGAACCAACGAACUUCAGAGACCUCUACAUUGUCGACGGUGUCCAGCACGCAACCUACAAGCAAGCCUGUCUAGCCAGAGGCCUCACAUACGACGACCAACAGUACGUAGAAGGACUCCGCGAAUCUGCUUCAUCGAAAAUGCCAAGUGUUAUGCGCAUACUCUUCGCUCAAAUCCUGAUACUUGGUGCGCCAGAAAACCCGAAGAGAUUAUGGGAACUGUUCAAAGAGGACCUCGCGGAAGAUUUCAUUCGAGAAGCAAGACGCACUGGUGGUUCCAUAGAAGAAGCGAUAAAGCGUGCCUACCGAAUCAUCGCGCAUAAGCUGAACACCGAAGCUACCGAAGGCCGCAACUUCCGAUACUGGGUGCAGACACAUGGCAUGGAAGACAUCGACAACUAUGAGCAAGAUUUGGAACACGAUAUGAUCGACGUCGACGAAUCAACAGCAAUCGGAGACCGCAUGUACCAGCAACUCAACGAAAAGCAGCGUGAAAUCGUCGACACCAUAAUCCAAGCACUUGAAGACCCGACUCCUGCUGCGAAAUGCUUCUUCAUAGAUGGACCAGGAGGAACCGGGAAGACAUUCGUCUACAGCACGCUGUAUCGCAUCGUUACCGGAAGGCUUAAGAAAGUGAAAUGCAUGGCUUACACCGGGAUAGCAGCGAUUCUUCUACCGAGUGGUCAAACAACGCACCGAACCUUUGGCUUGAAAGUCCCGCUUACAUCCGACUCAAGAUCAUCCAUCAAACCAGGAUCACCGAAGGCGAACGCACUCAAAGGAGCCCACAUGUGUCUGAUGGACGAAGCUCCGAUGAUGUCAAAAUACGGCUUGCACAACAUCGACGAACUCCUACGCGCGAUUUGCAACAACAUUCCGUUUGGAGGCAAAGUCAUGGUGCUUGGUGGCGACUUCCGACAGUGCUGUCCAGUUCAACAACGUGCCAACAAAAGCGAAAUACUCGACCUUUUGAUCAAGAGAAGCCAUCUGUGGCAACACUUCAAGACUUAUUCGCUCGAAAAGAACAUGCGCGUUGAUCCCGAAGAAGAAGAAUUCGCGAAAUACCUGCUAAGCUCUACGACGGGGAACUCGAAGUGA